AUGGGCUGUUGCGCUUCGAAGCCCAAGACAGACGAUGGCCCCUCCGCUCCGCCUAAAUCGGAAGCCGCGGCUCCGCCGUCCGCCUCCGCUGGAGCAACCGCUGCUGGCGCCGCGACUGCUACCGCAGCCGACUCCGCACCUCCAACAGCCGGCAAAUCCGCGUCCGGAGGAUCCAAAAAAGCCGGCAACUUGACGGCGAACGUGCUCGGCCGGCCGGCAGAGGACGUGAAGAAUCACUUCACGAUCGGGCGCGAGCUGGGGCGCGGCCAGUUCGGAGUAACAUAUCUCUGCACGGACAAGAGCACGGGCGAGCAGUACGCGUGCAAGUCCAUCGCGAAGCGCAAGCUGGUUACCGCAGAAGACGUCGAAGACGUCAAGCGCGAGGUCGCGAUUAUGCAUCACCUCGUCGACCACCCGAACGUGGUUAAAAUGAAGGGUGCUUAUGAGGACAAGCACUCGGUCCACAUCGUCAUGGAGCUCUGCGCGGGCGGAGAGCUCUUCGACCGGAUCAUCGCGCGCGGACAUUACAGCGAGCGCGCCGCGGCAAACCUGAUCCGCACGGUGGUGUCGGUGGUGGAGUACUGCCACGCCAAUGGCGUCAUGCAUCGUGACCUCAAGCCCGAGAACUUCCUCCUCGCCAGCAAGAAGGAGGACGCGCCGCUCAAGGCCACUGAUUUCGGCCUCUCCAUCUUCUACAAGCCAGGCGAAACCUUUUCUGACAUCGUGGGAAGCGCGUACUACGUGGCUCCCGAGGUGCUUCGGCGAAAGUACGGGCCGGAGGCGGACGUGUGGAGUUGCGGCGUCAUCCUCUACAUCCUGCUCUGCGGCGUGCCGCCCUUCUGGGCAGAGUCGGAGCAGGGCAUAUUCGACGCGGUACUCAAGGGGCACAUUGACUUUUCCUCCGACCCCUGGCCGCUCAUCUCGUCGUCCGCCAAGGACCUCAUUAAGCGCAUGCUCAAGCAGGACAUCAAAGACCGCAUGACGGCGCGCGAAGUGCUUCAGCACCCGUGGGUGAAGGUGGACGGCGAGGCAUCGGACGUGCCUCUUGACUCGGCAGUGCUGACGAAGCUGAAGCAGUUCUCCGCCAUGAACAAGAUGAAGCGCCUCGCGCUCAAGGUCAUUGCGAGCCACAUGUCGGAGGAGGAGAUCAUGGGGCUCAAGGAGAUGUUCAAGAGCAUUGACGAGGACGGCAGCGGGUCGAUCACGUUUGAGGAGCUCAAGGAGGGGCUCAAGAAGAUGGGGAGUAACAUGCCCGAGGAGCAAGUGCGACAGCUCAUGGAGGCGGCUGACGUGGACAACAGUGGGACGAUAGACUACCAGGAGUUCAUAACGGCCACGAUCCACAUGAACAAGGUGGAGAAGGAGGAGAACCUCUUCCAGGCCUUCCAACACUUUGACGCUGACGGCAGCGGGUACAUCACGGUGGACGAGCUGCGGGAGGCGCUGUCUAAGGAGGAGGCGCUGCUGCCAGGCGAGAUUGAUGCGAUCCUGCAGGAGGUGGACUCGGAUAAUGAUGGCCGCAUUGACUAUAACGAGUUCUGUGCCAUGAUGAAGAAGGGCAACCCUACUCCCGUUGAGGACAACCGUCGGAAGCGCUAA